AAAUUUUAAUUGGAGCAGAAGCUGUAGUUAAAAAGCAGGUUGACUAUGAUCUGUCAAACUCUCUGAAGGAUCAGCAUGGAGAUUGGCACGCUGAACUGUUAAUGGGGACAUGGGACUCACAUUGUCAUUGAUCAUUUGUGUGGACUUAACUAGCGAAGAGCAACAGAAGACACUAGAAAGACAGUGGGAAUUAUAGCAGUUUUUCAGGUCACCAAAUCUUGUUAUUUUAAUUUCUAUCUGGAAGAAUGUCCGAGCAAGGUAAAUUGAACCAGGAGACAGCGGAGGAAGCUGUGAAAGAGCAGGAGACUGCCAUCUCAGAAGCGAACCCGGACAACUGUAUGCUUAAUAAAUCUGAAAGCUCAGAAGUAGAGGAGAAGGAGGAGAAGCUGAGCGAUGCCAAGACAGAGCUGCAGAAACGAAGUGCAAAUCAGAACCAGCAGAAAAAGAGAUCCAAGUCAGGAGCUAAAGGAAAACUUGUUCGGAGUCUUGCUGUAUGUGAAGAGUCAUCCCCUCGCCCGGGAGCAGAAAAUCUUCAUGAUAAUCAGGAAUCAAUCCAACUACAGCUUUCAAGUUUUCCUAGCUUGCAAGAAGAAGAUAAAUCUAGUAAAGAUGACUCCGAGAAAGAAAAAGAGAAGGAUAAAAAUAAAGAAAAAGAUAAAAAUAGUGAAAAAGUCAAGAUCAGAAUGUUAUCAAAAGAUUGCAGUCAAGAGUAUACAGACUCAACAGGCAUAGAUUUGCAUGAGUUUCUCAUUAACACAUUAAAGAAUAACCCCAGGGACAGAAUGAUACUCUUGAAAAUGGAACAGGAAAUUAUUGAUUUUAUUAGUGACAACAAUAAUCACUAUAAAAAGUUCCCUCAGAUGUCAUCGUAUCAGAGGAUGUUAGUGCACAGAGUGGCAGCUUACUUUGGCAUGGAUCACAAUGUGGAUCAGACUGGAAAAUCUGUAAUUAUCAACAAGACCAGCAAUACAAGAAU